GUUGAAGUAGUGUUGGAGAACAAAACAUGGCCGUCACACAGUUGCCGCGUAGAUUUAUCCCGCGCAAACUUUAGGAGCACAUUUUACAUAAAUAUCGAUAAUAACUCCCAAACAUAUAUACAUCAAAGAAGGAUUAAUUAACACCAUAAAUUAUCCUCAAAGAUAUUCGACGACAUGGUUGAGGAUGAGACCAUGGAUGUUAAGGACCUGGAAAGUCCCAGUGCUUCACAACUAAAGGAUCCAGAAGAGAAAAUGGAUGCGGAGGAGGUCAAGAAGCGCCCAAGGGACGACUCAGUGGAGGAAGAGGACGACGAUCUCCCUCUGAAAAAAGCGAAAAAAGACGUGAGCCCGACGAAGAAUAUCGAGGCUACCAAAAAAGCCAAUGGCACUUCUGAAGUUCAAGGUGAGAAGGAAGAGUCAGAUAAGUUGGCGGAAUCAUCAAACAAGAAGUCCGAUGAAUCUGUUGAUCCUGAUGAACAAAAAAAUGAUGCAUCUCCAGCAGGAUUGGAAAAAGGAGAGGACAAAUCUUCGGAUGAACUGGAAUCGCCAGAAAAUACCAAGACAACAAAAUCUAAAUCUAAGGAGCCAGAAGUGGUGAAUGGAUUGGAAAUGUCUGUUGAAUGUGCCAGCGACAAGGAUACCAGCUCUGAAAGUGAAGGUGAGAAGGAAUCCAAACCUAGAUCGAAGACGAUCAUUGUGAAGGCUAAACCCAAUGAUUCUGAACUAGAAGUGAGUGGUUCAGAGGAGGAAGAAAAAGAGAGUGGACCUGUUGAGAAAAAAAAGGAAGACGAUAAAAAGGAGAAAAAGAAAGAUAAAGAAUCAGUAAAAUCGAAGGGUAAAAAAUUGGCAAAAGGAAAGGAAAAGGAUUCUGAUUCAGAGGAACAUUCUGAUGCAUCAUCUGAGGAAAAAAUAGCUCCGAAAUCGGCUAAAAAGAUUGAGAAACGAGGACACCCAAAAAAAUCAACGAUAAAACCUGCUAACGAUGAUAAGAAGAAACGGGGACGGGGUAAGAAGAAGACGGAAGAAUCUGACGAAGAUCAGGAUGAAGACGAGGAAGGAUCAGAUAAUGCUGAUGAUAAAUCAGGUAAAAAUUCUGAUGAGAAAAAGGCUAAAGCUGAUGAAAGUGACGAUUCUAAAAAAUCAGGCUCUGAAGAAAGUGAUGAUGAGUCUGAAGAUGAAAAAGGGGAUUCAGAUGGUAAAGGAAAGAAAAAGCGGAAGAAGAAUGAUGAGAAGCCAGAAAAUAACGCAAAGAUAAAAUCUCUGAAGAAGUACUUGAACGCGGCAGGAAUUCGUGUUAAAUCAUUCGAUGAGCUCUGGGCUGGCUGCAAAUCUACUGCUGCACGUGUGAGACGUAUGAAAGAGCUGCUGGAAAAACACGGCAUCACGGGAAGGCCAACAUUGGAAAGAUGUAAGAAAGCUAAGGAGAGGAUGGAGCGAGUUAAAGAACUGUCCCAGCUGGAUCCUAAAAAUAUAAUCUCUGAGGGACGUGUCACUCGCUCGAGGACAGCUAAAACACCGAGAAAACGGAGUCCCUCCCCACAGUCAUCAUCGUCCUCAAUCACACCAGAUAAAGACCUUCGCAAAAGAAUAAAAAAUGUUAUAGAUAGCGACUCAGAGUGAGAUAGUAUGAGGAUUCCAAGCACCUCCGCCUUCUUACAAGGAAAUACUCACUCCUGAUAUAUGUCCACCAUGUAGUCAUUAAGAUUGCUAGAGUAAUUUAUUUUAAUUUCGGUAGCGAAGUGGGUAAAUGUCAUUGAAACAAUUAUACCAUUUUUGUUAUUUAUGCAUUCAUCGGAGAAACAAGUGUUAACAGUCGAAUAUAUCCUGAAUUUUUUCUUUAAUCCAGAAAAUACUCGAGAGGUAGUACUUUGACUCGUUUAUCAACAAUUUAUCUCUUACCGAGAUAAGUGCAUAAUUGACAACAAUGUUGUACUGCACAUUAACCAUUUCCUUACUGAAUUCGUUUCUUGUUUCUUUACUCUCAAUUAUUAUAAAUACUGGGCGUUGAAAAUUGAAAAAUAUAUUUUUCCUAUCUCUGAAUUGUAAAUGAGAGUAGUCUAUUUCUCAUUAAACAUUCGUGUUUAAAUGUUGCUAAAGUAAAUGAAUGUUUAACAUUACAAUGACUGGACAUUGUUUGUAAAUUGUUUUCAACGUUGGUGAUAAAAGUACUUUAUUCUAUAAUUAUAUUUAAUAAUCAUGUAUCAAUACAAAAUUCUUGAAAUACAGUCUUCAUAUAUUUUUUUUUUCAAAAUUUA